GGGCGGCGGGCGGUGUGGGCGCGGCGUGUGCGGCAGGCUGGGCUGCACCGCAGCGCAUACACUACAAUGGCUGCUGGAAAGACGGGAAAGCAAACAAUUUCCAGGCCCGCCGCGUCCAGCCCGAAAUAUGGGGAAAAAAUUACAGAAAAAUCGGAGAACACUGUAAAGGGUGGAAACGGGGCGCAGAGGGGAUGCUGAGGCUCCCGCGCACAUAAAAAUGGGAAGUACUGGAUUCUGGUUUCCUCCAAGAAGAGUCAGCGGAACUGGUUAAGACCAAAAUCUGAGGACUUUAGUGGGCAAACAUCAGUCCCCUUUUGCUUUCUUUUACGACCACAUGAAACUUGAGAAGCCAUCUAAAGCUAAAUCAUUUAGUGGAGUUGGGCAAUUCCCAAGUGUCCAACAAGAAGGCCUGGUUUAGGCUGCGAUGGCCACUGUCAUUCCUGGUGAUUUGUCAGAAGUAAGAGAUACCCAGAAAGUCCCUUCAGGGAAACGUAAGCGUGGUGAAACCAAACCAAGAAAAAACUUUCCUUGCCAACUGUGUGACAAGGCCUUUAACAGUGUUGAGAAAUUAAAGGUUCACUCAUACUCUCACACAGGAGAGAGGCCCUACAAGUGCACACAACAAGACUGCACCAAGGCCUUUGUUUCUAAGUACAAAUUACUAAGGCAUAUGGCUACUCAUUCUCCUGAGAAAACCCACAAGUGUAAUUAUUGUGAGAAAAUGUUUCACCGAAAAGAUCACCUAAAGAAUCACCUACAUACACACAAUCCCAACAAAGAGGCCUUUAAGUGUGAAGAAUGUGGAAAGAACUACAAUACCAAGCUUGGGUUCAAACGUCACCUGGCUUUGCAUGCUGCAACAAGCGGUGACCUCACCUGUAAGGUAUGUUUGCAGACUUUUGAAAGCACAGGAGUGCUGUUGGAGCACCUAAAAACUCACGCAGGCAAGUCAUCGGGUGGAGUGAAGGAGAAAAAACACCAGUGUGAACACUGUGAUCGUCGGUUCUACACCCGAAAGGAUGUCCGUAGACACAUGGUAGUGCACACUGGAAGAAAGGACUUCCUCUGUCAGUACUGUGCACAGAGAUUUGGGCGGAAGGAUCACCUCACGCGUCACAUGAAGAAAAGUCACAACCAAGAACUUUUGAAGGUCAAAACAGAGCCAAUGGACCUUCUAGAUCCCUUUACCUGCAAUGUUUCUGUGCCUAUUAAAGAUGAGCUGCUUCCAGUGAUGUCUUUACCUUCCAGUGAACUGACAUCAAAGCCAUUUACAAACACUUUGCAAUUAAAUCUCUACAACACUCAGAUUCAGUCCAUGCAGAGUUCUGCAUCUGCACACCAAAUGGUUGCCACAUCAUUACCAUUGGGAAUGCCUUGUCCAAUAGAUAUGGAGUCUGUCCACCCUCCUCACCAGCUAUCGUUGAAAUAUCCACUCGGUACUACCUCAUACGCAGUUUCUAUGCCUGAAAAAGAACAGCCAUUGAAAGGGGAAAUCGAAAGUUACUUAAUGGAGUUGCAAAGUGGUAUGCCUUCUUCAUCCCAGGAUUCUCAAGCGUCUUCAUCAAAACUAGGGCUGGAUCCACAAGUAGGGCCACUAGAUGAUGGGUCUGGGGAGGUUUCCCUUUCCAAGGGCUCUGUUCCUAUUAGUGAACCUCUGAACACCCCAUCAUUGGACUUUUCUCAGCUGUUCAACUUCAUACCUGUAAAUGGCCCUCCCUAUAAUCCUUCCGUUUCAGUGGGGAACCUUGGAAUGAGUUAUACGCAAGAGGAGGCACAUUCUUCUAUGACUCAACUUCCACCACAAACCCAGGAUCCACAAGAUCCUAGCAAUAGUAUAGGUCUUGGGUCUCUGCACUCGUUGUCAGCAGCUUUCACAAGCAGUCUAAGCACAACCACCACCCUACCACGAUUUCAUCAAGCUUUCCAAUAGGAUGUACAAAGCUGGCUUGUUACUGUCUAUUUGUAGAAAUGCCUUAGGUGACCAUUUUUAACUUAGUGCCUACUAUAAGACAUUAUAAAUUCUCUGCUUUUGUACAGUAUCGAUCUCAUGAAGCCAGUAAGAAAUUUAAAUUAACUUUUUAAAAAUGUUUUGAAAGUGUUUAUUCUCAGCUGUGUUUACUUUGUUGUUUUUUUAAGCAGUCUCAUUGUAUUGUUUUCAUUUUCACUGCCAAUUGACACGUUGAAAAUGCUCAGUAGAAAGUCAUCCCAAGCAAACUCUCAGCGCUCAUCCCUUUGUCAUAACUUUUUCAACCAUACCAGCUAUUCUGUUUUAUUGAUGUCAGUGGUAGAGCUACCACCACUUUUAAUAUAUAUUUUACUAUUUGCAAAGAAUGCAGCUGAUGUAUGUAUCACAAAGAUUCCUGAAGAUUUGGGAAAAAAAUAUGCAUUUCCAUCCCAUUUCCAAACAAAUCCUCUUCCCAUAUGGUGUCA